GUUCAGCUGGAAGGUUCCCUUCAAUUACAUUGUUUGAUCUCUGUCUAUAAUCUAAUCAACAAUAUCUCUAAAAGAGUAAUUACAAUUCCAUGUAAAGCUGUAAUUAUUCCGCAGAUGCAUGUGCAACUAGAGCCAGAGGAAGAUAAUCACGUAAUGUUUUAUAGUAAUUAGAAUGGUAAUAUCCCACGUUGAUUUUAAUAAUUAUCUGGUACGAGAAAUUUAAUUAUAACUGAAUAAUAUCAAAUGUAAUCUAACCCCCAAAUUGCAAACAGGUAAUUAUCAAGGCAUGCUGAUUCUAAUCAAAUAACACGGAGGUGGUAGUGUUUACCGUUAUCGAUUUUCCUUAUGUUAAUACUUAAUGUCUAUUUGGAGUCGAUCGUUACGGCUCAUCAAUUUAAAAUUAAAUGGUUUGUUUUUACAUCAUAUAUAGAUAAUGAAUUUCAUUCAUUAGUACAUGUAUAUCCCACACUACAGGUAUAUGAAGGAGAUCACAAUUUUCCUUGAAAGUCUUUCUUAAUUGCUUAUUUACUUAGUCACGAGAGAGAACAUUAAUUUUCAUUUAGCAGUGGUGUCUAAAUUAGUCCACCACGUGCAUAGGAAACAGCAUCAAUGUCCAAGUUCACUGAUUCUAUAGGUACAUGAUGGGCCAAAUGAUGUCCAUUGAUUGGGGGAGGAGACGUGUUUGGAUAUAAAUCAUGAUGGAUUACAACGACGAGAAGAUUAUUGUGUACAUCAUGCAAAGCAUCUUCAGCGUGGUGGGAACCAUCGGGAACUCCCUCGUGUUAUACAUUUACCUAAGGAAAAAGGACAAGUCUACAUCUAGUAUAUUUAUUUUGGCCUUAGCUGGAGCCGAUUUUUUCACCUGUUUAGUAAUAGUGCCAUAUAACAUAGUUACUUUGUAUCUCGACUACAAACACGGCUUUGAUGUAAUGUGCCGUAUUUAUAUGUUUUUAAUCACAGGUGGUGUUCCGUACGCCACUCUCAUUAUGGUGGCCAUUGCGUUUGAUAGGUACUUCUGUAUCUGCCACCCAUUUCUUCAUGUAAUUACAAUUUUCCGAGCGAAACUGAUUAUCUUCAUUUUGCUGGGUUUUUCGGGGAUUCUUGGUGUCUUAGUAGCUUUGAUGUACGGAAUUAAUGACCAUGUGCCGGUGUCAAGUUCCGCGACAAAUCGUUCCUGCUCCUUCAACACAUCAUCUUUGAACGAGGCAGUGCAAUGUAAUUCAACAAUCUUUGAAGUUAACAGUUCUUCGGAAAUUUCACAUCCUUACGAAUACGGAAUGUGUUUGCCAAAUUAUGAUAUUUUCAACGAGGAUUUCGUAUUGCUAUUUUCUAAAAUUCAUGCUAUUUUAUAUCUCAUUAUGUUUACAUUUGUUGUUGUGCUAUACUCUUUAAUAUAUCGUGAAAUACAUGUGAGGCGAGCGAGAAAAGCCAAACGGAAACGAUCAAGUCUCUUUCCAAGUCAAAGUUGCGCCCCAGAAGCAUCUAUGGCUGAAACUCAGUUGACACUGAUAAAUGUACCACAAUCGAACGGAAAUGCUGAGGAAUCGGUUAAAAACGACAAUUCCUCCAAACUCAGAAAGAUCGGAGCAAACCUAAAAGAAAAACAGUUCUACGCCAACAUUCGAACAGCCGCCAUGUUAUUUAUCGUCACGAUUGUUUUCCUAAUUGCAUUUUUACCAGCCCUUCUGAUGACUCAAACUCUUAUACCGUAUAACAUUGUAUUUUUCUACACGUAUUUUGUAUACAAUACUGCAAACCCAGUCAUAUAUUCUUUUAUGAACAAAUCGUUUCGAACAGAGCUAAAGAAUUUAUAUGGGAAAGUGUGUAAAAAUAAUCGGAAACAGUACAAAUAAACAGGAAUUUGCUUUAUUUCUACAUCGUCUGAAUUAUGCAGCAUCUAGUGUCAUCAUUGAAUGUUAUAGCCGACUAUUCAAAUCAGUUUCCUUUGUACAUGUAAGUGCCUUGGUUUUAUUAAAUAAAAAGAAACUCAUAA